CUGGCUGUUGUUGCUACUUCCACUGCGACCUAGCCCGGGGGAAGCAAGCGAGCGCUCGGAUCCAGGGAAGAUGCAGAGCUUGUUCAGGCCCGCGAGCUCCGGGGGGCUUCAGCUCCUGGUCUGCUUCCUUCUCCUUUACAGUCGUCCAGGCAGCUGCAGCAGCGGCAUAAGUGCCCACGAUGGUCAGGGCCAAGCAGCAUCGGGACAGUCCUGGUCAUUCCAAGGAUUUAUUGGUACAGUCUUCCAGUACUUACAAGUUAUACUCCACCAGAUCAUACCCCAAGGCCUGUUCUGGCCAGAUGACUUAACCCAAGAAGUACUGAACAAAAAGGUGGAGCACCUCAACAGACUCCACCUCCAAAUUCCAUGCCGGAAGGAAGGGAAGGCAGUUUUCUCCACUGCAACCACUGGGGUGAGGGAUAAGCAAGUGGAGAAACUUGGACUCUUAUACCCCAAGACUCCAGCGGUCAAGGUGAGCAGGGACCGAUGCUUUGCCACCAAAGUAGUUCCAAAGGCCCCCAAACAAGAAGCAACCCACCCCACCAAGGGCUUCUUUGGGCCAUUCCCCACUGUGGGCCUCAACCUUGUUGCUGACUGA